GUGUUUGCUGGGAUAAUUAGAUAUGAUCAUAUAUAAGAUCACAUAUAUGGACAAAAUUCAUAUAUAAUCAUAUAUAUUUAUAUAUGUAGGAUGGUCGUUUAAUUGUAGGAUAAUUCGGAUACAAAAAUAGUGUCGAACGAUCAGCGACGUUUGCCUUUUUCUAUCCCCUUUCCAUACUAUCUCUCUACUCACGCCCGCCAACCUCCUAUAUUCUUUGGGUCCCACGCCCUGGCGCAUGUCUACAAAUCAUUCGUUCUUGCCCGAACAUUAAAAGUAACUAUGCAUAAAUCAUAUCGCAUCCCACAUUCGGCCAUUCUGAACAAUCAUGCGCCUUGCAUGACGCAUUUGAACAACAUUUCUAUUUUAAAAACUAAACCUAACUUUAAUCUGUUUGAUAUCACAAAGUCUAACGCGCUUACUAAUACUUAGUACAUAUCUGUUUCUUAGAAAUAAUGUAAACUUAAAAAUAUAGUCACUUAUGGCUAACGAUAUUCCACGGUUUAAUAUAUUCGGCACAUGUAGAAGUGCGAGUGGGUCCUUCGUGUUCUCCUACUUUGACAACAUCAUAGGUAUCAUUGGGUUUAGCUUUUUCAAUUCGGCCCCAAAUAUUUUGCUCGCAGCUUUCUCCCUGGACCCAUCUGAGUGCGCUUUAUUACUACUAGUUCUCCGACGUCAUAUUUCCUUGCCGCCUUACGUUUAAGGUUAUACGUUUUACAAUUUUCGGAUUGCAUUUUUUGGAUUUGCUCCUUAGCUCGAGCUCUAAGGUGAUUACGCUCUUCCUCAAAUUGUGAUUGAAGUUCCUGUUCUACCAUUUCUCGUAACUUUAAAUCAGUUUCAUCAAGCAUCUUUACGCCAAAUAGUAAAUUAAAGGGAGUGGAAUGUAUGCUCUGAUGAUAUGUUGAAUUUAAGAUUCGUUGUAAUCUUCCAACAUGCUUAAACCAUUUAGUAGGAUCCUCAAUCGACAACUUGGAAAGUAUAGGUAUGAUUGUUCUAUUUAAUCGUUCUAUUUGGCCAUUCGUUCUCGGUAAUCCGGUAGUAAUCGUUAAGUGUUUCACAUCCUCGGUUUCACAAUAUUCCCUAAAUUCCUGGGAAGUGAAGGCUGUUCCCCUAUCAGUCACGAUUUGCUUCGGGUUUCCGAACACUUGUUUUUGCGAAUCUAAUUUAACCUCGCGCGUCGUGGUACUUUUAGUCGGAUACAACCAAAUGAAUUUAGUGAAACUAUCUAUUACAGCAAGUAUAUGAUUACAAUUCUUAUUAGUAGUGUCUAAAGGACCUAAAAAAUCAAUAUGAUAUGUGUGUAAUGGCGUAUCAGGUUUUGGAAUUGAAUGUAGGUACCCCUCCUGUUUGCUUUCUUUACGGUUCGUCAUUAUACACGGCACACAACUGGCUAUAAGUUGUUCAACUUUACCUUUUAAACCACGUAUAAAAUAUUCUUGACGGACCAAUUCUUCUGUUCGUCUAACAGGGAUAUGUCCUUUUUCAUGUAUCGUCCGGAUAAUAUCAGUUUCCAACGCUCUAGGUAUGACAAGCAAAUCUUGGCCGUCCUGAAAUUUAUAGAGUAAGUCACCGCUUACAUAAUAAUUGUCGUAAGAUUUAUCUCUUGCAAUCUCCAUCAGUGCUUUGAUCUUGUCAUCUUUUUCUUGUUGACUUUUAAUUUGCGGAAUAAUUAUCUUUUUCGCUAUCGUCAUUAUGGGGUGUGCUUAAGGCGUCAACAUGCCUCAUACGCUUUCCUGUCCUAUGUUCUAUAUUAUAAUCAAAAUCUUUUAGUGAUAAGGCCCAUCUAGCGAUACGAUUAGUUAAUUCUUUCUUACGCAUAGUACGUUGAAAUGCUGCACAAUCCGUAACUAUCUUAAAUUGUAUUCCUAACAAGUACACCCGGAAUUUCUUAAGUGCUUCUACUAUUGCCAAUACUUCCAACUCGUAGCUAGUAUAAUUCUUUUCUUCCUUUUUAGUUUUUCUACUCAUAUAAUAUACUGGGUGCAUCAAAUUAUCAUCAGGUAUUCGCUGUAACAAAACCGCUCCGUAUCCGUCUAUGCUUGCGUCCGUAUGUAAUUCUGUUUCAUUGGGGAUAAUAUAUCUUUAAUACCGGUUUAUUAGUUAAAAUUGUUUUUAAUCGUAAAAACGCGUUUCUCGCUUCGUCAUCGAAAACGUAUUGUUGAUCUUUCUGUAGCAUGUCAGUCAAGGGUUUGGCGAUUACUGAAUACGAAGGUAUAAAUUUUCUGAAGUAACCCGAUAAACCUAGGAAACUUUGAACAUCUUUUAACCCUUUCGGCUCUGGGUAAUCCAUCACUGCUUUAAUUUUUCCCGGUGAAGGAUAGAUCUUCCCUCCUUCGAUUAUGUGACCUAGAAAUUCUAUAGACCUUUUUAUGAAUUGACACUUUUUGAAAUUUAUCUGCAACCUGUAGUCAUUAGCUAUCUUGAAUACUACUCGCAACCGAUCUAAUGCUUCUUGUUCGUUUGCCGCCGGUAUGAUUAAGUCGUCGAUAUAGAGUAAUACUACAUGUUGUCUAAUUAGAUCCCAAAAAGCCGCGUUUAUAAAUCUCUGAAAUACUCGUGGCGAAUUGCAUAGUCCGAAGGGAACUUUUAAAAACUGAUACUGAUCGCAGUGCGUAACAAAUGAUGUGUAUUUCCGACUUUCUUUCUCUACUGAUACGUGAAAGAAUCCGUUUCUUAAAUCUAAUGUAGUAAAUACGCGAGCGUUUUCCAAUUUGUCUAACAAAUCUUCAAUCAAGGGUAGAGGGUGUCCAUCCUUUUCUAUAACCCUAUUUAACUUCCUAUAGUCAAUGCACACACGCGGUGACCCAUCUUUCUUUUUUACCACGACUACUGGACUUGCGUACUCAGAAGUGCAUUCUUCUAUUAUACCCUCGUUAACCUUUAGACUGCCGGGAAAGCCACUUUUGUGGCUCUUGAGUUUGGGUUAAAAUAUCACUAUUUUCAGUGGUAUUUUAAAUACUAAAUGUAUUUGUGUGGGUAUGUAGCUCACGCAAUGCGUGACUACGUUGCCCGGUGCUCACUUCGUGCUUAUUCGCUCUCGCGUCGCCGAAAUAGUAACCUUCUCGCGCCGCGGUGCGGCGGCUUCUGUUAUCUUCGCCGCGCGCGUAAUACUAUCACUCGCUCCUCCGGCAUAGCAUCACUCCCUCGUGUUUCGCUCCAAAUAGAUAUUUCGCGAAAUCCAUACGAAAAAUUAUAAAUGUAUAAUUAUAUAAUAAAAAUUAUAAUUGUAUAAAAUGAACAUCGAGUUUGACGUUUGAUCUAGUGACGAAUCAGAGCCUAGUGAGAUAGAUCCAGAUGAUCUUCCAAGUGAUCUAAAUAAUAUGGAAGUGGAUGAAGAAACCGAUUACCUGUCAAAUGCGAAAAUAUUUUAUGAUAAUAAUUUCUAUCCCUCUGUGAAAGAUUUUGACGGUGAAUCUAGUAUUCGUGAAGAUAUUCCUCUCACAGGUUUCAAGCCAUUACAUUACUUUGAACUUCUUUUUGACCUUUCUAUGUUGGAAAUAAUUACACAAGAAACAAAUCGUUAUCAGUCACAGAAUCCUGAGUCUUAUCGUUUGCAUAUGCAGCCGUGGGUAGAUUUGACUGUAGAGGAACUAAAAACGUUCAUUGAUCUUACUAUUCUUAUGGGUCACGUUAGAAAGGGUUCUAUUCAAGAUUAUUGGAGUACUGAUUCUAUCCUAUUGACUUCAAUUUUUAGACAAACAAUGUCUAGAAAUAGGUAUUUACAAAUCUUGAGAUACCUACAUUUUCAAAAUAAUAAAGAUACCAUAAACCAUCCACUAAAAAAAAUCAAACCUAUUAUAGAUGAUCUGAAUGAAAAAUUUUCUAAUACGAUAAAUGCAGGAAGAAACUUAUGUAUUGAUGAAAGUCUGCUUUUAUGGAAAGGAAAGCUAAAGUUCAAGCAAUUCAUACCUUUGAAACGAAAUAGAUUCGGUAUAAAGCUUUUUGAACUAGUCGAUUGUAAAACUGGAUUUAUAUUAGCUUUUAUUGUUUAUACUGGAAAAGAUACUGACUAUGAAAAAUUUGAAUUAGGAAUUUCUGGGGAUAUAGUUGUUCAUUUCGUAAAACCAUAUUUCUCCAAGGGUCAUGUUAUUUUUAUCGAUAAUUGGUAUUCAUCCCCCCAGCUUGCAGAAUUUUUACACGAGCAUGAUACUGGAGUUUGUGGGACCGUAAGAAAAAAUAGGAAAGAAAUGCCAGAUCUAAAUAGUAAGCUGAACCGAGGAGAAAUAGAGAUUGGCCAUAAUCUUGUCUGGAUGGCUAUGAAAUGGGCAGAUAAAAGAGAUGUCUAUAUGCUAACGAGUGUUCAUGAAGUUGGUUUUUCUCCUACUGGAAAGAAAGAUUAUAUUACUAAUAAGGAAAUAAUAAAACCAACUUGUAUUAUCGAGUACAAUAAAAAUAUGGGUGGUAUUGAUAACAUCGAUAGGCAAUUAUCCUUGACUGAAAGUAUUAGAAAGACAAUGAAGUGGUAUCGUAAGCUAUUCUUUCAUUUAUUAGACUUAUCAUUGACAAGUGAUUAUAUAAUAUAAUAUAAAUGUAUUAUAUAAAAUAAAUAACGAAAACAUAUC